GUCAGUACUUCCGGGGUAGAGAGUGCAGUCGGCUUACAGUGUGUGGUGAGCAAAUUUAUUUCCAGAGGAAUAUAAAUUCAGAUCUUGCAUGAGCACCUGUGUGCAUCUACGACAUUCGCUAGCAGAUCUCGUGCACUUGUCUUGACUUACAAAUAUGGUUCUGAAUGGCAUUAAAGCAGUGUUUUUCGAUUUGGAUAACACAUUGAUUGAUACAGCUGGAGCAAGCAAACAAGCAAUAAAGGAGGUGAUUCAGAUACUCGUAGACAAAAACAAGUAUUCGGAGGCAGAUGCUCAUAUGAUCUGUGACAUGUUCCAAGCCAAGCUCCUGCAAGAAAAUUUGAUUGACUCUGAAAUGACUAUUGAUGAUCUCCGAAUACUGCAUUGGAAGGAAGCAAUGCAAAUGAUUAGACCAGUAGAUCACAAAGAUUUGGCCAAAGAGUGCUAUACAUUAUGGAAAAAAAAGCGUUUAGAGCUCAUGACUCUAUCCGAAAAUACCAAAAAUAUGCUCCAUGAUCUUAGAAAAUUGACACGCUUGGUUCUCCUAACUAAUGGCGAGAAGCAAGUUCAGAGGGAGAAAAUCGAGGCUUGUGGUGUCCAUGAGUUUUUUGAUGCCAUUGUAGUAGGAGGCGAACAUGUUGAGCAGAAGCCAGCAACUUCUAUCUUUCUCCACUGUUGUGACCUUUUGACCGUGAAGCCUGAGGACUGUGUGAUGGUAGGAGACAAUUUGGAAACUGAUAUCAGAGGUGGACUUAAUGCAGGCGUUAAGGCAACUAUCUGGUUAAAUGAGAAUGCAGCAUUCCGUGGCAAGCCUUGCCCAGUACCACAUUACACUAUACAUUCUAUAACUGAUCUACCUCGUGUUCUGAAGAACUUGCAGUAGAUCUGACACAAGAUUCUCAUGGGAAUAUUGCAAUUAUGUUAUCACAUCGAUGAGUUUAUUUUAAUCAAUAAUAUUUGAUGUUUUAGUUUUUGAAAUUGACUUAUCACUAAAUUAUUUUGGGAGUUAUUGUGUACCUUUGUGGACCCCUUUUAGUCAGGA